CUAAACAGUAUGAGUGUGUUCGUCCAUUUAAAUGUGUUUAGUUUAUAUACGUAUGGAAAUAGAAAGAGCAAACAAAUUAAUCACAGAUUUUUUGUUUCCUGGACUUUGACAAUACGAUGUUUUUUUAAAAAUUCUUACAAAUAAUUAUUACCCAUGUACAUAAUAUAAAGAAAAUCAUCGAGGAAUUUAUCGUACACGUAUUUUAAAUUGAAAGAUAUAUUAAACUAGUACUAUGAAGGUUAUGAAUGACACAAAACAUAUCGAAGAAUUAAGCGUUACGACUUUUAGGAUUGUUAUUAAUUGCGUUAAGAGAUUGAAACGAGUAAUAUCGUUUCCCUCUAUUUUCUUUAAGCAAACUUAAUAUUAUUAAUUUCAAUGUCCUCAAAUUAUCGAUGCAUGAUUUCAUCGCUUCAGAGGUUAUGUUACAAACGUAUCUCUAUCUAUCUCUUAACAUAUAUUAGAAAAUGAAUAGGUAGCAAUGUGACCUUUGAACUGUAAUGCGUAUAAACAAAGUUUUGCCAAUUCAUAGUGAUGCAUUCUUUAUUAUCAAGAUGAUAUACAUAUAUUAACUUUUAUGCAAUAAAAUGCAAUGAAAUUAAUUUACUUCAAUGUUAGGCUCACAAUUGAAAAUUCAAGCGAGCAGAUGAUAUGGCUGAAAUAAAGAACGAGGAGAAAACUGUAUUGGAAGCCGAUACUGUGUUUUUGUUAAUGAAAAGAGGAUUUCCUAUAUCUCGUAAUGUGAGAGCCCAAUGGAUGUUAGAGCAUUUAGAUUGUCUAAUAGAAAUUCAACAGCCUAGUACAAAUUAUGAGGAUGCACCAGAGUUAGAAAUUGUAUCCGUAUUACCAAAUGGUUCACCUGGAUCAUGGUCAUCCGAUACUAGUCAUCAAUUUCUAUAUAAAGUUUUAUGGACUACUUCGAUAAUAUUUCUAGCGCAUAAAUACAGAAUGGUUUUUAGUUUAGACCUAAGUCCAUCGCUUGGUACUGUUGAUAUACAGCAUGGAGAAAUUGUUAUAGAUGAGGUAUAUUUAGCUACAAAAAGAUGUCUUGAGGGAAUAACUAAGCCGUUUACUAUUCCAGGAAGUAAACGUAUAUUACAACCAGAGAUUUUUGUGACAGUGAUAGCUCAUACUCCAUUUCUUACAAGCCCGUCGCAACAAGUAUUAAUUCAAGGAUGGCUGCUUACUGCCAAUAAUGUUAAUCAUUUAAUUCAACAUUUGGAAAAGCAAUUAAAUUUGUUGGAAGAAAAGGUAUCAUUUGUAGCUGCCAUCGCGAAUCAACAAUUGGAAACUUUGAAAGCAGAAAAUGAGCGUUUAGUUGGAGGCCUGUUUGAAGAUGGUACUAGUUAUUAUAAUAAAAAUAACAGUUGUCUCGGCAAUACUGCCAUGAUUUUACCAGAAGCUAACUUCAUUAACAUGCUGCGAUAUGGAAUGUUAGCUCUUACUUUGUUACCAGAACAUAGCUGUGCGCAUCUGAUUAUUAUCUCUGACGGGAUAGUUAGCACAACUGACGUUCAUGUGUUAGAUUCAAUUAUGCAACAAUUGCGUGCGACAACUAUUGCGUGUAGUUUUGUACAUGUUGGUAGUGUAUAUCAUCCGCAUUGUGCGGAUGGAUUAAUACCUUAUCAGGAUCUCUUGUGUUUCCUUGCAGCAGCAACUUUAGGGAGUUACAUGACAUAUAUGCCACAAAUUGUACCUGAACAUGGAGAGGAUAUAAAUAUGUAUCAUAAAAAUUUCCUUUGUUGGCAAUUAUAUCGUGACACAUUAAGUUCCAUUACCUCAACUAAACAGACCAAAUGGCAUUCUAAUAAUACAUUUUUUUAUGGUCACAAACCAGUUCAUCUUCUUAGAAAGAAGCAGAUUGACGAUCAAGUUACGUGCACGUUAAGCAGUUUAUUGUGUUGUCGCCUGCGCGAGGGAUAUUUAAUAAAGAGAGCAAUAAUAAGGGAUGACACUCUUGAAAUAUGUUUCGUUCUUUUAUGGAAGAGCAAUGUCUUUUUGGAACACUUGGUAACGUGUCCUUGGUCUUCUAAGUCCUUAUCGGUUUCUAAUACAAUACAAUAUACAAUUACCAUAGAAGCGCCUUAUGAAUUUCUGCAUGACAUAACCUGUUUAUCUAAAAAACCACUCAAAUCGCAAUAUCGUCAGGGUGUUGUGUCACGCUUUUGGAUAGCCAUAAAAUCAUUAACCGAAAGUGACAAUAUGUUGGCACACUUCAGUUGGUUUCCUGGAUCCGGUUGGAGUUGGUACAAUAUACCAGAUACUAUUAGAAGUGGAAUACCUGUAUUUAAUUUAUCGGCUCACCCUGUGCCUAAUACUCUUCAGCUUAGCGAUGCUGCCUGUCCGCAGUUUGGACAAAUAUGGCAUCCAGUUGUUUCAAUGGAAACUUUACAAUGGGCCCGUUGGAUGCACACGCAAAGAAUUACAUUGGUUUUAUCGCACGAUCGACCAUUACCAAAGUAUUUGCAUCAAGCAAAUCAAAAUGGAAGAUUUCAAUGGAUUCAAUGUCGUCAAGCUGCCGCUAUUCUAUAUGCCAUGUUGAAAACUUGGGCAACAUUUGUGCUAGUUGAGAAUCACACAUAUGUUCAGUUUAUAUACAAAGAAGUAGAAAAGCCACCAGUAGCGUUUUCAUUAAUACGCGUUAAUUGUAAGGCACUCUGUGUCGUCUUAAAUAUUGCAUUCACGGGUGGGACCGAGGGUGGUGUCAGGCAUAAUGUCUUAGUCGAUCUUAUUGAAAGAUUAUCUCAAUUGACUUUGCCAAAUAGACCAAUGGAAUAUCGUGAAACACUUUGUUGCACAGUCAUACACAAACCUUUAGAGAAGAUCUUGAUACGUUAUGAACGUGUACCUACCGAUCCAAGUACUAUAAUAUUUCCUGAUAUUGCGCAUACAAAUUCAAAUAGAAAUCCAUCGAUAUUGACCAACAAUCAUACUACGACACUAUCAAGAUACUUGUAUCACAAUCGAUGGUUGUGGCAUGUGAAACGACCAUUUGUACAUAUCGUACCUGGUAUUACUUUACCACGAUUGAACAUCACAGCGAUUGCUAGGAUUCUCUCAACUAUUACAAAGAUGCGUUUAGAGGAAGGCUUUUAUUUCGCUUAUUCAGCAGCUGGAAUCAUAAACAUGGUACUGGAAAUAAACAUGCAAGGUCUUGGAAAAAAUUCUGAACAUUUCCCGUGCAUCAUACAAUAUAUCAUAUUUCCACCUCAAAUUGUACCGAAUACAACUUUAGAACCGGAUCAAUCUGACGAAGAUACUGACGAAGGUACAGUGGACGGUGAUCUUAGCACAGAAGACUGCGAGGGAUCUGGCGAUUUUCAAAUAAUCACAGAAAUUUGGAUCGAACCGCAAUAUGGUCACGUAGGCAUGUUGACCAGACGUGCCGAUGAAUUCAUGCAUUCUCUGCAAUAUCAUCAACUUCCUGACGCGAUCGCUCGCAUAGACGAAGAAUGCGUAAACGCUCUGCUAACUCUCGAGUACCUGAUUCAACUCUGUCAAGUAACAGCAAUGGAAAAUGGGAACGAAGUUAUUUCUGGUCAGGGCUUUCAAACUUUAAGGACGAGCGAUCGUAGCGUAGAUUCUAAUGGACACGCGAACACGACAGGAUGCUUCAAAGGAUCGACGAUGAUCGACGAAAGGAUUCAUCACAUGCACUUUAGCUUCGAUGCUCUCAGCAUUCUACCUAAGUGCCAACAAGGCGAACUCUUGUUCUCCAUGUUUGCUAAUGGUUCCGAUCAUGCCGAGGAAGGAAGACAAAGUGCUAACAAGAUUCUAAUGGAAGGAUUUCUCAAACGCGUUAAACAUUUACAUAAUAAAGAACUUCAGUUGACGAGUACGCAGUCGCAAAAAUUUACCGAGAUGCUUUUGAAUAGACCUCGCGACGAGGAAUCUAAUUUGGCAUAUUUUUCGAAAGAACGAUAUAAAAAAAAUGAGAUUCCUUCAGAUUAUCAUCCUCAUUGGCGUUGCUUCGUUAAAGGCAUAAGUCCGACCCAUGUGAUAAUGACUAUAUUGCCAGCAUCAGAGAAGGACGUCUAUCUAAUAGCAUUUCCUCAAAAUCAAAACGAAAGUGAUUUAAGCAAUAGAAAUAGCUUAGAGGAACGUCAAUCGACGAACAAUGACGUUAACGAGACUAAUUCUUCUGACAAUAUAUACGAAAAAAAAUCUGACUCGUUCGAGCAAACCUCAUCGGUUAAUUCUAAUUCUAAUCGAUCUAAUACACCUCUCGACAACGCUAAAACUACCGAGUCCGAGGGUCUUUUAAUUCCUGUUUACGUUUACAAUUGUUCAUUGGCAUUAUUGAUCGAUGCAUUGAUUGAAAAAUUGGAAUCACCACGUAACAAGGAUAUUUAUCAGGAUCAUACGUUUCGCGUCGGUCAAAAAGAUCGUGAAGAGUUUCUUCAUUCAAAAUUUAUUAACAAUAUGAAGACCUCAUCGCCCGAACCGAAAAGUGAAGAUUCGGAUAAUGCAACAAGCGAUCAAAAAAGUCUGAUGGAACAUUGCAAGAUGUUAAACUUCGCCCAUUGUCAUUGUUACGUAGCAGCAGUUUACAAAUCUUUAGCACUUCAGAAACCACUCAGUUACGAGGACAUGGAAGCAGCAGUCGAAUUAUGCGAGGAAAGUUUGAUAGAAAUCGAUAUAACUAAUUAUUUACAAACUGUAUGCAGACAUUUGAGUACAUCCCAAGAUGGUAACACGUUUGGUCAAUUGAAGAGUAACGUUUGCUAUGACGUCAAACCGUUGCACAAUUUGAUAAAAGACAAAUUCGAGGGUAUAAUAACUGUUGCGUUCAGACCGGUACCAGCUCAUUCAGAAUUUUAUUAUUGCUCGCCAUUGUGGAUUUCGAAAAAGACCACCGGUCGAGUUAAUUCAGAGAGAUCAGAUAGUGACGAUGAUUUAGAAACGUUCGCGUUUCAUUCGGAAAUUAAAUUGGACGACUCCUCUUGCCAAGGAAAGGAAGAUGGAGAUGCAACGAGUACGAAUGAUUUUAGAAAAUUACCAAAUUGCGUCUAUGCUGAUUCAUUUAAUGACGAUGAACUACGAGAAGACAAUAUAUCCGAUAAGGAAGAACCACUUUUCUUACGAUUAAGUUGUUCGGUAUAUUUUCGUUCAGGUUUGAAAAGUACACCUGUCAAUUUACUACCGACUUGUUUCAGCGAGAUCGUUCAAAGAAUGGACGUUCAGAAGGAUGAAAAUGAGACAGAUAUGAAUUUGAAUAAUCUUAAGAUUUCCUUAGGCAUAAUAUGUUUGAAUUUACCAAGAGAAGUCGUUGACGUUACUGCAAAACGUUCUAGAAACGUGAAAAGUAAUAAUAACUUUUAUGACUCGGCUCUCGAGAAUGUUCACGUUGAGUACGAACGUAAUUUGUCUAAUGAAAAGAAGUCAGAAAGUUUGCCGGAAAGUAUGAAGCAUCUUCCACUUUAUCAGCACAGUGCCAUCACCAGUUUGACCUAUGAAAUCGAAUGGCUGCUGCAAGACGAAACGGCUACGGCACUUUUGGAUCGAUCACCGCCAACCGAAAGGACAUUAAAGUUCGUAGCUCGUCACGUCUCAGAGUCUACCGAACGAACGAGUUGUUCUAUGGACAAAGUGCCGCUACAUUUCGUAUUCCCAUCGGAGAAUAGCGUUACGAAGUUUUUAGAAGAGUUAAAAAAAUUGCAAAUCGAUCGUUACUGCAUUCAGCAAGAGGGUUCACUAUUUUAUUUUAUUAAAAAUGCGGAAGACCCAUUCGAGGUGACUGCCGAUAAUGAAAAAGUUUCAAGUUUGAAGGAUCAUGCGUUAAUCAGGAAAGACGAUACUAUCGAAAAUAUCGAACAAAACGUGUCUGUGGAAGUUCGUAAUUCUGGUAGAUUCGACACGGCCGAUCCACCGGGUUGUUACUCCGACAUUUCUAGCAUAGGUGAAGGUAAAAUAGGUACGGACGAUGGUUAUGAGGGUGAUAGUAGCAAUUCCGAAGACGAUUUGCAAUGGUUGAUAGAACUUGACAGACGUAGAGAUUGCCUUCCAAAUUUUUGGCUAAUUUUGCAGGUCGAAAGUAGCCACGUCAAUGUAUAUUUUCACUGCAGAUUUCUAGAACUGGUCUCGCCCGAAGUAGAUUGUUACAAGCAAAUACAAACGAUGCUGGUGACGCAAUUGAAAGUGAUAUGUCGUCGAGUGAACCAAUACUUGCUUCUUCAAAAUCUUCACGAUACGCGCACGUGCGACGUACUUUUGGAACCGGAAGUAAACGAGGAUCACGUUUGGAGAGGCGAUACUAGCAGCGAGUCAGGUGGUUCGUUACAGAGCAAUAGCUCGAUCCUUAACUUUACAGCGGGCAUGUUCCGUUGUCCUGUAGUUUGGGAAGUACCAUUUUAUCUGCAUCCUCGUUUGAAAACCGGACCAGGAAGAUCUGGUCUCUCUCGAGGUAUAAAAGCGCUCCAUGGUGUUUUGAAUUGGUUCUCGGUAAACAAUAGGAGUAACAUGUUCGUUUAUCAAGAAAAUAAUAAGAACGUGUUUUACUUGAGACUUCACGAACAGACCAACGAUGGGAAGCCUCUUCAGAACAAGCUUUCAGAGAGCGAUGAGAAACUUGCGGUUUCUAGGAGCAACAGUGCAGCUUCGUUGUCGCAAGCUAAAGGGAUUGACAGUGCCAACGAUCAUUCUCUGUCUAAUGACACAAGACCCAGAGUCCGAUCUUUCGGUGAAAAAGAAUCUGACAUAUUGAACAAGGCUGGGGAUUCGAUAAUAUUGAAGGUACACGGUAUAUCCGAUGCUGGACCUUUGGUAAAAUGCGAUCUCGUGCAGGUUUUACAAAAUCGUCUUGACGAUGCCGUAUUCGAAGUAUUGUCCGUAAUGUUGGCGCGCAAUCCUAUGUGCAAAUUGACACCGGCCGACGUUCACUUCAUUCAAAAACCAUAUAAAAAUCCUGAAUCCAUAGUACAGUUAUCCGUCCAACCGCAUUGCCUAUUACACAUGGCAGCGUUAGGACAUUAUCUCAGACAAAAUUUAUUACAAUUUCUAUAUAUACCGAAAUAUACCGAUCACAGAACCUGUUAUCACUUUCAAGAUUAUUCUCAGCCAGAGGGUUCCACCAACAGGGUCGCCGAAUCUGAUAUAUUUUUAUAUAAUCAAAGCCCAUCGAGUGGUAGCAAAGGUAUAGCUUGCAUCGCUUUGGCAAUCGCCGAUUCCAAGAGCGAAACACGUCAGAUCGACGAGGCAUUGUGCGAAACGAAUCUUCGUGAACGCUUGAAGAGCGAGAAUUUUGAAAAUUUGGUGUCUACGUCCAUAUGUACGAAUAAGAGUAACGCUAAACAGCUGGUAGAAUUUAGAAUAUGGAAACAGGGUCGGGUCAAUUUAGAGGCAUUGCUUCAAAAAUUGUGCGCUGCUGUCAGAUAUGCAACUUGGGAUUUGGUUACGGAAUACAAUCUUUUGUCUACUGCUCUCACCGAACCAUUGGAAUCUAUCGAUAAAGACAAUUCGACGGAUGAUAAGGAAACUUUUCAACAGAACAAACAGAUUCAAUCGAAGGAUCCUGAGAAUAUCGUCAUAAAUCAAUACGAAUUUGGCGAGGAAGGCAAACUCAAUGAGAUUUAUCAUACGAUAUUGACUAAAUGGUUUAAAUAUGCUUUGGACGUUGGUGUACCCGCUGUUAAGAAACAUGAGGUUAUAAUUCAUCAUAGACACUCGAUUCCCGUUAUUGUCAGAGAAUUGCAAAAUUUAAUACGGGGCCACGCACCUGAUACAUCUAGCAGAGCAUUCGUUUUACGCGAUCGUCAGCCAUUUCUCAGUGAAACAGUAACCUGUACGCCAAAUCUCUUAGCGUUCUGUGAAAAUACCGAGGCUAGAAAAAGAUGGGUUACUAAUGUUAACGAACGCGAGAGAACGUUAUCUCCUGUUUAUGUUUCGUGCGAUUUUAGCAAACACGAGCAAGGAACUUAUACGAAUUGUAUUUUGAUCGCCAGAAAUUUUUAUCAAUGGAAGGUUUCCUUUGGUAAGACGAUCGAAGAGGAAUUACUCGUUCCCAAAGAUCAAAAAUUAUUGCAAAAAUUCAAUCCAUUGAUACUACCGUCCGACUUUGUACCAAGACAGCGGAUAUUAUUAGCUGAAAUCCAAAGUGGCAAUAUAACGUUUUAUAUGUACAAUUGGUCGAAAGAGAGAUCAGAAAAAUUUAUCAAACAAACUACGAGUUUGGGUACUUGGCUGUCGUCGAGGUCGCAACUCUUCACGAAUAUAAUAAUGCAAAAGUUGGGUAUAUUUCAUCAUCAGCCAACGUCGAAUUAUCAACAGGGCGAACAAAAUAAUACGCAGUAUUAUCAAAUCACCGAUAUGGAGAGUCUAACGAAAUUUCCUCACGCCUCGCACGGUGAAAAUAAAUCAAGUUCCAAGCAACAUGGUAGGAGUAAUCCUUUGCCAUGGAAUCAGCUGGUCGGACAAGCUGCGAAAGAAACGGAUAGCAAUGUUUAUCAUUUGAACGACGAUAUUGAUCCUGUCGUGAAAACGGCAUACGACUUGCAAGAUUUUCGUCAUCGUGAAAGAAAAGCCAAAGAGGAUAUGAACAGAUUAUAUACGAUAUGGCAGAAUCGUAGUUCUGCCUCAAAUAUACCAGUUUGUUUCGAUACAUUGAACACGUUCAAACAACAUUCUCGUUUGAUACACUUCUGUCAUACGCCUUUAUUAUUUUUACCAACGUGGCGUUUGCAGUCGGCCGCUACGAGAGAUCACUCGUUAACGCCGCCGUGUUCUCUUGUCUCUAGUAACGUUGGUCAACAAGCGAACGAACAGACUCAAUCGAAAGAGGACUCAUCGAAGGACGUCAUCGUGAAAUGGCAUAGAGAGCUUUGCAACUCGAUGUUGACAGAAUACAAACAGUACUUGCAAAUUUUAGGAUUCAGUUCGAUUCAAGUCGAAUCGCAAGACAAAACGGAGACGGAAAAGACGCCGCAUCAUACGCAUUAUUUAAAGAAAUCAAUGUUGGGUGGAGUUUUGUUGUUUGAAAUUCACUUGGCCCAACCAUUUUUCAUUGCCAAGUUACGUGUCAUCGAAUGCAAUCGUCUUUCAACGAAAACUAACAGCGCCAUAAUCAAUCAGUUCGUCUUGAGCUUCGUGGAUGCCUGUGAUAAAAUAAAAAUCAAUAUGCACUUGCAUUCGUUCACAUACGAUUUUCAUUUACGUUGCAUUCAUUCUUACAUAGCAGGCAAAGGUUUCUGGUCGUUACAACAGGGUUAUCAUCUGACUCAUUUUCUCGAUGAUUUUAACAAAUAUUACAGCAAGGCACCUAACUACGCAAGAAAUCUCGUUUACAGCGACGUGAUCAAUGUAAGAAAUUUAGCCACGCCAGCUCGUAUGUUAUAUACUUAUUUAUUAGCACACGAGGAAACUUAUGGUAUGCGAGCAUUCGUUAUGUCCAACGAACCUCAAGAAUCUCAGGAAGGCGAAUACGUUUUGUUUAAACUACAGAGCACACCGUUGGUCAGUUAUUGCGACGCCCAAGACACCAGAUAUAUCGACGACUUUGACGUUGCUCUGAUAGUUUCUAGAAUCGAACAGCCACCGGAGAUAGAAAAAACGGAGAUAACGUUGAAAUAUUAUUUAAUGUUAACGAGCAAACGUGAGCUCUAUCCUAAACGAGAUUUGGAGAAUAAUAAGCUUGGGAAAUUUCGUACAGUUUAUAGCGUUAUCAAACUGGGUAACAAUUCGCAGCCUGGAAAUUCCUCGGAAUCUAAUUCGAUUUCAAUGGUAGUGCAACCGCCUAUUGUUAAAAAAAGUUGUAAACGCGAAGCGAACAAUCCAACGGAUUCGGAUUCACGUAACAGCGAUUUAGAUUCAAACGAUAACUCGAAGGAAUCCGAUGAGAGAACAACUACGAUAAACAAUUUAGCACCGACGCCGCCGCCUGUACCAAACUCACCCUUAACGCAAAGUCACAAUAUCCUUAAUACGUCGAGUUCGUCGUCGUCGUCACCGCAAUUGGUACAGAUACGUCAGGAAUCCGUAAAUUAUUUGGGAUAUUAUUCGUCACACGAACAAUUGAUGCAGCAAUUGAUCAUGUCCCAAGCUCAGGCAGCUAGACGGCACAUAAUUGAUAUGAUAGAACGUGGUGCUUCUCAAUGCAGGACCCAUCUGCUUUGGAACAAAUUAUUCGAAAAUAAAUCAUCCAUGACUUAUACGGAAUUCAUGGAAUUAUGUUCAUUGGCUCACGUCGAGCCACUUUCUCAUUUGGAGCCUAGGCUAAGUUCGCUAACCAGCCAACCUGUUUCUUGGUAUCAAACUUUGACUAAAGUUCUUCAAAAUAAAUAUCAAGAAUAUCAUAAACAAUUUAGUACUGCCGAUGGGAAUAUAACUCAUCAUCUUAUAUUACAUCAUCGUUCUCUCCAAGCGUUCACUAUGUUGACGAUCGAUCUCCAUACGUCAAGAGGGGAUUUAUACGUCGUUUAUCGUAAAUCCGCCGAAGUCACAAAUACACCCGUCAACAUGGAAGAUGUUUACAGUUUGAUCGAAGGAUUCAUUAAUGCCUGUUGUUUCCAUUUAUGGACUAGUCUGUGUAAUCAAUGAUCAGACGUAAAAAAUACUCGAACGACACAUCGUGGAUUUAAUACGUACUUACGAUUAUUCAAUAUGAUCAUUAACAUCGUAUACCAUCGUAAAAGUUGACAUGUUCUAAUCGAUACGUUGGUAUUCUUGUUAUUGCUGUUGUUAUAAAACUUUGCCGUUUCAUCGAUCGUUAAUCAUCGCUGCCAUUGUCGUCGUUAUUAUUAUUAAUACUAUUAUAAUUAUUAUUAUUAUUAUUAUUAUUAUUAUUAUUAUUAUUAUUAUUAUUAUUAUUAUUAUUAUUAUUAUUAUUAUUAACAUCGUCAUUAAUUAAUUUUAAAUUUACGCGACUUGUAUAUAAAGAAUACAUAGACAUUUUUCUGUUACG